GUGACGCGCUGCGGUGUGGGCAGGUUCCUGCUGCCGCUCGCGUGAAGACGCUGGGGCCGCAGCGCGGAGCCGCCGCCCCACCCUGAGCGCUGUGGGCUAGCCUGCCUGCCGCCUCGCCCGUCCCUUAGAGGGGCUACGGCAAAGCCUCCUUUGUCUCAGGAGAGGCUUUAUCUGAGGUGCCCUGUACAAGUUGCUUCUGAGUACAUCAGGUUUUUUGUGAUGAAAUAAUUUUGCCCUGACUAAUGCUGCUUGCUUUGCUUGCCAUGAACUUCCCAGAUACUGAAGUUUGUACUUGAAGGCUACUUGGACAAAUUUUGGACACCUCUUAACUUGAGUCAAAUUUGAAUUCUUGUGAAUACCUAAACAUUUGCUUCCUGGCUGCUGGGGAAAAAAAAAAUCUGUUUUCAGGUUAUCAGAGAUGGUGAUUUGAAGAAUCAGGUUUCCGAUAUGAACAAAGUAAAAACAUCAUCUGAAAAAAGUGUUUCCACCAGUUCUCGGACUGUGUCUCUGCUGUCACAGCUGGAGAAGAUCAAUUUGGGCUCUGUAUUAGGAGAAGCAGACAGUGCCAGAUAUGUCACCUCAAAGAUCCUUCAUCUGGUUCAGAGUCAAGAAAAAACCAGGAAGGAGAUGACUUCUAAAGGUUCCAAUGGAAUAGACAUAAUCCUGGCAACCCUAGAGAAUACAAAGGAUCCUCAAACUAUUUUAAAUAUACUAAAUAUUCUCAUUGAGGUAGUCUCAGUUGGUGGGGGUCGGAGAGCAAAUGUCUUAGUAACUAAAGGAGGGACACAGAUCUUACUACAGCUGCUUUUGACUGCCAGCAAAGACACUCCACCAAAUGAGGAAUUGAUGGUGCUUCUUCAUACUCUUCUUGCAAAAGUUGGUCCAAAAGACAAAAAGAUUGGCAUGAAAGCAAGAAUUAAUGGUGCCCUAAACAUAACAUUGAAUUUAGUGAAGCAGAAUUUGCAGAACCACAGGCUAAUAUUGCCAUGUCUUCAAGUAUUAAGAGUUUACUCAACCAACUCUGUAAAUGCAGUGUCCUUGGGAAAGAAUGGAGUAGUAGAACUGCUAUUUAAAAUCAUUGGCCCUUUUAGUAAAAAGAACACAAGCCUUAUGAAGGUUGCUUUAGACACACUUGCUGCGUUGCUAAAAUCAAAAACAAAUGCCAGGAGAGCAGUAGACAGAGGAUAUGUGCAGGUGCUUUUAAUGAUUUAUGUUGAUUGGCACUGCCAUGAUAGCCGACAUCGAUACAUGCUUAUACGGAAAGGAGUUUUGCAGUGCAUUAAAAGUGUUACAAACAUCAAAUUGGGGAGAAAAGCAUUCAUUGAUGCUAAUGGAAUGAAAAUUCUUUACAACACUUCACAAGAGUGCCUUGCAGUAAGAACUCUCGAUCCGCUUGUCAACACAUCCAGCCUAAUAAUGAGAAAAUGUUUUCCUAAAAAUCGUCUUCCUUUACCAACUAUUAAAAGUGCUUUCCAUUUCCAACUCCCAGUUAUUCCUGCCAGUGGUCCUGUGGCUCAGCUGUACAAUUUGCCUCCUGAUGUGGAUGAUGUACUAGAUGAAAGUGAUGAUAAUGACGAUGCUGAAACAGAAUCAGAAAUUGAAACUGAAAAUGAUGAUGACAAGGACCAACAGUUUAAGAAUGAUGAUAUCGAGACUGAUAUUAAUAAACUGAAACCCAGACAAGAAUUGGGAAGAUCCAUAGAAGACCUGAAAAUGUAUGAGCAAUUUUUCCCAGAACUGUCAGAAAACUUUCAGGGUUGUGACUUGGUUUCCAAGGAACCAAAGCCUUUCGUACCUGAUGUGAAUUUGAGUGGACCUAUUGUUGUUCCUACAGCAGGAGAGGAACACUCUGUUGAACCAAACCAGUCAAGGAAAGAAGCUGCUUUUAAGGAGAGCAAUCCUUUAUUGACAGAGGAAUACAACAGGAGGCCAGUCUUUCUGGAACUACCAAAGAAAGGGAGUAUUAAAGACAGUAGUUUACAUCAGCAAAAUGAUCAAGGAAACCUGCUUCCAUCAUGCCAGUGUCUAAGCCAAGAAAUUGUGAAAGGCUUGGACAGAAUCAGUUUGCAGAACAGUCCAAAAAAUGAUCAACAUUACAGUACGGGGUGUGAAAUAAAGAAAGAAAGCAAAACUAAUCUUACCACACUUGCUUAUGGUAAACCUUGCGAACAUGUUUCACCCUGUGGCAGUAGCCUCUUUGAAGGAUCAUCUGUCCAACUGGGAAAACUCUGCUGUACUGGAGUAGAUUCGGAGGAGGAAGAUACCAGGUCUAGUUCAUCUGGGGAGCAAGUAGUACUUGAGGUUUCUGAUGUAUCACCAGUUCAUGAUUGUGAUCUUUAUAUCGAAAUGGUAAAGACCACGAAGUCCAUCCCUGAAUAUUCAGAAGUGGCCUAUCCAGAUUAUUUUGGCCAUAUUCCACCCCCUUUUAAGGAGCCUAUUCUGGAAAGGCCAUAUGGGGUGCAGAGGACAAAAAUCUCUCAAGAUAUUGAAAGACUGAUUCAUCAGAAUGACAUUAUAGACAGAGUUGUGUAUGAUCUUGAUAAUUUGAGUUGUGUAGUACCAGAGGAGGCAGAUGUUUUGAAGUUUAACUCCAAAUUUGAGUCUGGAAACCUUCGCAAAGUUAUUCAGAUCAGAAAAAAUGAGUAUGAUCUAAUUCUGAACUCGGAUAUAAAUAGCAAUCAUUAUCAUCAAUGGUUUUACUUUGAAGUAAGUGGAAUGAAAACUGGCAUUGGUUAUCGGUUUAACAUCAUCAACUGUGAAAAGUCAAACAGUCAGUUUAACUAUGGUAUGCAGCCCCUCAUGUAUUCUGUUCAAGAAGCAUUAAAUUCUCGACCAUGUUGGACUCGUGUUGGGACAGAUAUUUGUUAUUACAAGAAUCACUUUUCAAGAAGUUCAGUUGCUGCUGGAGGUCAGAAAGGAAAAUCUUAUUACACAAUUACAUUCACGGUGAUUUUCCAACAUAAAGAUGAUGUCUGCUACUUUGCAUACCAUUACCCAUAUACAUACUCAACUUUAAAGAUGCAUCUUCAGAAGCUGGAAUCUCUGCACAACCCUCAACAGAUCUAUUUUCGACAAGAUGUUCUCUGUGAGACCCUAGCUGGCAAUAGUUGUCCCAUAGUCACUAUUACAGCCAUGCCAGAGUCCAAUUACUAUGAACACAUCUGUCACUUCAGGAAUCGUCCUUACGUUUUCCUAUCUGCUCGUGUACAUCCUGGAGAGACUAAUGCAAGCUGGGUCAUGAAGGGAACACUGGAAUACCUUAUGAGCAAUAAUCCAAGUGCCCAAUGUUUACGAGAAUCUUACAUUUUCAAAAUUAUCCCCAUGCUCAAUCCAGAUGGUGUCAUCAAUGGAAACCACCGUUGCUCUUUAAGUGGAGAAGAUUUAAACAGACAGUGGCAAAAUCCAAAUCCAGAUCUGCAUCCCACUAUUUACCAUGCUAAAGGGUUACUGCAAUAUCUGGCUGCUAUAAAACGUUUACCAUUGGUCUACUGUGAUUAUCAUGGUCACUCUCGUAAAAAGAAUGUAUUUAUGUAUGGCUGCAGCAUCAAAGAGACAAUGUGGCACACAAAUGUUAAUGCUGCCUCUUGCGACCUAAUGGAAGACCCUGGUUACAGGUGUUUGGACCUGAAGAAGAAGAUUUUAAUAAGUAGGAAAUGGCAAACCUGUUGUCACUUGAACACAACACUCCCAAAGAUCCUGAGUCAAACUGCCCCAGCAUUCUGCAUGGGCAGCUGCAGCUUUGUAGUGGAAAAGUCCAAGGAAUCAACAGCGCGAGUUGUUGUCUGGAGAGAGAUAGGAGUACAAAGGAGUUACACAAUGGAAAGCACAUUAUGUGGAUGUGACCAGGGAAAAUACAAGGGAUUGCAGAUAGGGACAAGAGAACUGGAGGAGAUGGGAGCAAAGUUCUGUGUUGCCUUACUGCGUUUAAAAAGAAUGACAUCACCCGUGGAACACAAUUUGCCUUCUAGUCUGUUGGAUAUUGAAAAUGAGCUGAUUGAGUCAAGCUGUAAAGUCACAAGCCCCACUACAUAUGUUUUGGAUGAAGAUGAGCCUCGCUUCCUUGAAGAAGUUGAUUACAGUGCAGAGAGCAAUGAUGACCAAGACGUUGAACUAGCUGAUAAUGUCGGUGACUAUGAGGCAACUAAUCAUGAAGAUGGACUUUCAGACUCAGAUUCAACACGGAUACUGCUUUCUUGAAUGAUCUUUGCAGCCAGUAAUGUGAACAUCCAGGAUACUUAAUUUCCUAGUCAAAUACUUCCUUGCUCUCUUCUAACAUGGGGAUAAGCUUAAAGAAAACACAGCUAACUGGAGUCUGCCUAGCUCAAGGACAAUAAAUAUUUCUAAUAAAUAGGCAUUUAUUUAAGGAGUUCUGUGUUUUCUUUUAGCACACUAAAUAGAUAACUUAAUGGUACAUUUUCUACUAAAUAGCACUGCAUGGUGUUUCAUGUCCUUAAACUUUUUGUCUUCAGAAAAAUGGAUUAUAAUUUGUGGUCUGAGUACACAAACUAAUUCUUUGUGGUACAGUUCUUUGAGUUACUUCCUGAAAAAUACAUAUGUACAGGUUUUCUAAAUUAAUUUAUGUGUGUAUGUGCCUGAAUAUGCUGAGUUGAAGAGGUUAUUUUUCAUCAUUAUUUCAAAGAUACUUGAUUGUGUUUGAAGUAGUGCCUGCUUUGGAGCCAUUCAAUGAUUACUAAAUUAAAAAUGAAAAGGUGAUGUAUGAA